AUGAGGGCGGAGAGGGCGGCGGCGCCGGCGAGGGAGAGGGCGGUGGCGAGCGUAAUGCGGCGGUGCAUCGGGCGCCGGCGGCGGGCGGCGAUCAGGAGCUCGGUUCACCGGAAGCUGAGAGUGCUGGAGAGGAUCGUUCCCGGCUGCCGAGAGGCGGAGAUGGCGGAUUUGCUCCGGAGGACCGCCGAGUACAUCUCCCUCCUUGAGGUGCAAGUGAGCGUUCUCAAGAGCUUCGCCGAUCUCUACGGCGUGUGA